GAAUAAAUUAAGGGUACACGUACAAAACUGGCUAAAUCCGUUGGCGCGCGCCCCUAUAUAUAGUGUGGCCAAAGACGCCGAGGCCAAUCCCGAAAGGCGGUCCACUGAGACUCAUCGUGGACGUGGACACGGGUGUGGACGACGCCAUGGCGCUCGUCUUCGCCCUGACCUCGGAGCGCGCUACGGUGGACGCGAUCACCGUGGUGGCGGGAAACGCUUACCUGGACGUAGCGUACAACAACACCCUGCGCGUACUCAAGCUCCUCGACAGGCCUGAGGUUCCGGUUUACAAAGGCGCCGACCGGCCCAUCUUGGGGCUGUGGAAAACGGAGAAGCACUACUUCGGGCCGGACAACUUCGGCGGCGUCAGCGGCAAGUACCCGAUGGCCGCGCCACAGUCGGAAUCCAGGAAGCUCGCGCACGUCGCCAUGCGGGACAUGAUCAGGCAGCGGCCCAAGGAGCUCACGCUCGUGCUGCUGGCGCCGCUCACAAACUUGGCCACCGCGAUGCUCAUGGAUCCUGGCCUGACCGACGACGUCGCGCAGAUCUUCGUCUUGGGAGGCACCAUUUACGGAAAGGGCAACGUCGAGCCUGGCGCUGAGUUCAACUUUGUCACCGACCCGGAGGCGGCCCGCAUUGUUCUGCAGAGGGCCACUUGUCCCGUGACCUUCGUGGUCUGGGAAGCUGUGCUUCAAGGCACAGUGCAGUGGGACGUCUAUUACGACGUGGUCAAGGAGGACACGAAGCUGGCGAGGUUCCUGCGCGAAGUGAACAACCACACCAUCGAAUGCUGCCUGAAGCAAUUGUCCAGACCUUUCCAGCUCGGAGACUUCCUGGCGGUGCUGGCCGCGCUGGUUCCGGACAGCGUGAGUGGUUCGGUGGAGAGCCGCUCCGACGUCGAGCUGCACGGCGACUACACCCGAGGCCAGAUGGUGCACGCCUGGCUUCCACAACACCUGCCUCACAUGAAGCACAACGUGACCGUCGUCCGGAGCUUCGACACCGACGUCGUGGCAGAUCAUUUCCGCAAGGUGUUUCUGGCAGAGGACAGCGGCGACAGCGAGUGACUUAACCCAAGGAGUGCAUGCAGCUGAAAGAUCGUUUCAUUUACUCGGUCAUUCAUUCAUUCAGUUUUUUUUUGUUGUUGUUGUCGUCGUAGUUGGCGUUCGGUGAUGUAGGCGACAGGUCGUGCCGGCAGGUUGGCCAUUCUCAGUUUCUCGUCUUUCCUUUGGUAAAAUCGCGGGUUUAGUUAUGUACAAAAAACACACGAAAAAAGGAAAGAUGGAAGGUAAGCUAGGGAGGAAAAUUUAGUUUCUUCGAUCGACUCUUCAUCGUUCGCACGAUCUCGGAAUGCCGUAAAAAACCGGCAUACAAUGCGGUCCUGAACUUACUCUGAGAAAGGCAAUUUCAGGCCCACUAAAAUAGAAAGAGAGAGAAAAAAACGAGAGUGCAAGAGGGAAAUUAUUCCUCGUAUAAUAUGACAAAUUGAUAUUUAGUUUUGAGCGCCAUAUAACUUAAAAGAAAUCAUUUUUAUAAGCUCGAAUGAAUCACGAAAAUCAAGGUUGACAUGGUCAAUUUACUAUGAAUAGAAAAAGCCUUCGUAUUAUAUGCCGAACUUUACGGUAAGCUGGUUUUAAAGGGCUGCGAGAAUUAAGAGCUCCAAAGCAGUGAUUCUCGACAGGGCUGGCGAAUGGGCAACGUUAAUUUGACUGUCAGAUCAACCCUCCUAAGCAGCUGUCUUCUAUUUAGUCAAUUAACCGUGAGGUCAAACAGGGGAAAGCCUUCGCAUCCGCCAAACGUUCUCGCAAGAAAAACAAAGCAAUGUGCUUAUGCGCGCCAUAAAUUUGGUCACACUCUUGCGCCGAUAGGCAUGCGGGCUAGUGUAUAGAUAGCGCACGUGGUAAUUUGUAGCAGCUAUGCGCGUUACGUGUUUAUGCGUUAUACAGUUAUGCGUUACGAAGUGACAACAGCUAUGCCCUUCAUCGCGUAGGUGCUACGAAUCGACGAAGCGUCCACUUACUGUGCCAGCUCCCAGAAAGUGAGAAAACGAAUUUUAGAGCCGCCACAUUAGGUGUCAACUCUACACGGAUAUAGUCGAGGCCGAAAUUAUCGCGACGAUUUAUUUUAAACGUUUGUUGCACGCACGUGUCACUUUUCCAGAGCUCGAGGAAAGGUUUGCGAAGUGAGUAACUUACGAUGCCAACCACUUUUUAACCAUUUAAGCACUUUAACGGUGACCGGACUUUGCACAACGAAUUGAGGUCGGUGCAAGAGAGGUGGAUAUGCACAGAGACGUAGCAUAGCUAUACCUAUGCCUAGCCUUGACGCUGUUAGACGCUUCGUGGUUCCAUAAAGCGUCGUGCUGUCGUCCUCAGUCACGCUUUCAAUUUUUGUGAGAAUAGAUAAGACGUCCCGCGCCUUGUUGCAGUGUUAUACCUAGACUUGCACCACUAACGCCUGUUGGUUUUAACUCUCGCCAUGAUGUCGCUUCUUCCUAGUUAAUUUAGCCCUAAACCUGUGCACCGCUGAAAUACGAUAGAUUUAAGUACUGGCGAUCACGACUUGCUUUAUUGUUUCUUCAGAUGGCGGACAAUAACGAUCGAUUGUGCUGACAUCCUGCUGCAGAAAUGCCACACUAUACUGCACUAGGUGGUGCCCUGAAUUGCGAUGAUGACGUCCUUGAAAAGCAGCACCAACCCUAAAUAUAUGUGUUUGGCAUUGGCUAUGGCUUCGUUCUAUGCGGAUUUCUGUUUCUUGACAUGCUGUCUUUCGUAAUUUGGGCUGAAUUUCACUCAGCACGUCUUAUUCUUUCAAGUUCAUGAUAGCAGACUUUUUUUUCUGGAUAUAUACCUAGCGCAAAUGCGUUUGAUAUGGCAUCAUGCUUUUUUUCUUCAGAUUUUUUUUUUCAAUGUCGUGCACAGCGCUCAAGAUCGCGUGCUGCACGAAACGAGACAAUUGCAACUGCCCGCGCGCGACGCCGUCAGCGUAAGUGCGCCGCGCCGCAAGAAAGCGAGGAGAAAAACAAACGAAGGCGAUGCCUGCGACGCAUGCGUGAUGCUAUCCUCGAGGUCUUGUGUGGGAGAACGCAGGGAAGGAAUUUCGCCUGCGGAGGCUAGACGGGACAAGUGGAGAGAGAGUCUCGCUUCGCAGUGGAGCUCGCCUCCUGAAAUCAUGGUUUCGCGGUACUGAAAUAUUUCUAUCUCGGCUAUUAAUGAGCCGAUAUGAAAAAAGAAA